CAUUUUUGAAGUUGGACACUAAUAAAUGUCUCCAGCUGGUUUCAGUCUCCCCCAACAUCCCUACUCUGCGCCCCUGCAGCCGUGCGCCCUUGCCCGGCCGGCGCCCGGCUCCCGCCGCGCACACCCAGGGCCGGGGCCACGCGGGGCCGUCUCCGAGUCCUCCGCUCCCCGGCGGCCUUCCCGGGCCAGGGGGCGGUGCUGCAGCGGCGCGGGGAGGGCUGCGGGGGAGAGACGCCGGGCGGAGGCGGUGCGGCCCGAGGCCCCGGGAGCCGAGCGGCGGGCGCCGGCCGGCAUGGCGUGGCCGUGCAUCAGCCGCCUCUGCUGCCUGGCGCGGCGCUGGAACCAGCUGGACCGCUCCGACGUGGCGGUGCCGCUGACCCUGCACAGCUACUCGGACCUCGAGAGCGAGGAGCCGGGCCUGGGCAGCGCCGCCUCGCGCAGGGGCCGGUCCCCCGCAGACGCCCGGGACCGCGCCCGGGAUGUGCCGCUCACUCAGUACCAGCGAGACUUCGGCUUGUGGACGGCGCCCGCGGGGCCCAGAGAUGCGCCGCAGGGGCGCGGGUCUGGCACGGGCGGCCGCAGGGGCAAGCCCCCCGCGUCCCCUGGCCGGGGCAUCUACGUGCUUCCCAUCGGCGAAGCGGACGCGGCUGCAGCGGCGACCACGUCGUACAGACAGGAAUUCCAGGCCUGGACUGGGGUGAAGCCGCCAAGAUCCACGAAGGUGAAACCCGCCACAGUCAUCACCACCCACAGCUCUGGAUGGGACUGCAGCCCUGGGGCCAGCUUCCCGGUCCCUGAGGUGAGGAAGAAGUUUGCUCCUAACCCCUCAGCCAUCUUUCAGGCCUCGGCCCCCCAGAUCCUCAAUGUAUGACUGACUGCCCUCCGGGUGGAGCGCCAUGGACAGGUCGGAC